GAAGAAUUGCAAUUUCAAAUUUCUAUUUCUAUUUCACCAAGUGGCAACAUACAGCAUUGUUUUACAAAGCCACGGCCCUUAAUUCAGUCUUGCACGAGUCUUGAGAACCUCCACCCACUCCCGUAACCAUAAAAAUCUCUCGUUUUUCUACUUUAACGUUCUCCUUUCCUCUCAGCGCCAUAACCACCGUCAACGUCCUUUCCAUUCCAGAUUCCACCACCUCGAGAAAAUGGCUGAAAUUGGCUACAGCAUCGUAGGAAAGGUCCGGGAGCAGCUUGGAUCCCGUGCUCUCCAAGAGAUUAGCUCGGCAUGGGGAGUCCGAAGUGAUCUGAAAAAGCUUGAGCUCACUCUGUCAGCCAUUAAAGCCGUAAUGAAAGAUGCUGGGCAGAAGCAAGCAAGUGACGAGAGACUGAAGAUUUGGCUAGGGAAGCUCAAAGAUGUCCUUAUUGAUGCCGAGAAUGUGCUAGAUGAAUUUCAGUACCGGGUUCUGCAGAAGAAAGUGAUGGAGACAUACGGGAGCACUAGCGAAAAGGUGAGUCAUUUCUUUUCAAGUUCUAAUCCACUUGCAGUCCGUUUUGCUAUGGCACAUAAAAUCAAGGGUAUUAGGAAGAGUUUAGAUGAUAUUGAUGCUGUUAAGAACACUUUCAAUCUUGCUCAAGGACUUGAAGAAGAUAAGAAGAUAAGUAUGCACGAGGGGAGGGAGACCCACUCCUAUGUUUCUCCUGAUGAGAAUAUCGUCGGUAGAGAUGAUGACAAAGAAAAGAUCAUACGUCUUUUGAUGCAGCAAAAUGCUGGCAGAAAUGUCGGUGUAAUUCCUAUAGUUGGGAUGGGUGGUUUGGGGAAAACCACGCUUGCCAAGUUAGCAUACAACGAUAACCGGGUUUUUAGCCAUUUUCAAUUGAUGAUGUGGGUAUGUGUGUCUGAGAAUUUUGAUCUUAAAAGAUUAAUAACAGAAAUUCUUAAAUAUGAAAUUGGUACGAAAUAUGGGAGUUUGAGUCUUGAUCAAUUGCAAGAAAAAUUAAGGGGAUUUUUAAAAGAUAAGAAAUUUCUUCUUGUCUUAGAUGAUGUUUGGAAUGAAGAUCGUAAUAAAUGGACUGAAUUGAAAAACUUGUUAACCGGUGGUUGCAGGGGCAGUAAAAUCAUAGUAACAACGCGAAAUGACAGGGUUGCCACUAUUAUGGGCACAGGUGAUGUACACAUUUUAAAUGUUCUAUCCCCAAAGGAUUGUUUGUCCUUGUUUGAGGAAUUGGCAUUCAAGGAACAAGAAGGAAAAAAAAAUCCAAACCUCUUAAAAAUUGGAGAAGAAAUUGUUGAAAAAUGUAAAGGAGUUCCAUUGGCUGUGAGUACCUUAGCCAACAUGCUUUAUUCAAAAGUUGAUGAAGGUGAGUGGAAACGAGUGAAAAAUAAUGAUAUGUGGUGUUUAAAACAAGGGGCUGAAGACAUCUUACCUAUAUUGCAGCUCAGUUAUAAUCAAUUACCAUUUCACUUGAAACAAUGCUUUGUCUAUUGCUCUCUUUUUCCAAAGGAUUAUGAAUUCAAAAGUGUUGAAUUGAUUCAAAUUUGGAUGGCACAUGGAAUUCUUCAAUCGUCAGCCGGUGAAAAUCAACAGUUGGAAGAUGUUGGUGACUCGUAUAUCAAGGAGUUGUUGUCAAGAUCUUUCUUUCAAGAUGCUCAAGAAGAAAUCUUUUGUUAUACCUUUAAAAUGCAUGAUCUUUACCAUGAUCUUGCACUCUCAAUUGCCAAAGGUGAGUGUUCAGAAGUGACCAAGGAGUCCACUUUUAUUACAGAAGUUUCUUGUUUGUCAUUUUCAAACAUUGCCAAUGACCAAGAAGUUACAGCACAAUCAAAGAAGUUUAGCAAAGUUCAGACAAUUUUUUUCCAAACUGAACAACCCGUGCCCUUAGUUGAAGCAUGCAUCUCGAGAUAUAAGUACUUACGGGUGCUUAGUUUAAAAGGUUCAUAUUUUGAGGAGUUGUCAAGUUCUAUCGGUUCUUUGAAACAUUUGAGACUUUUUGACCUAUCAGGUAAUUGCAUAAUCAAGCGACUUCCUAAUUCCAUUUGCAAGCUACACAAUUUACAAACUUUAAUACUUGAUUGCAAAAAUCUUGAACGGUUGCCCAAAGGUAUAAGGAACAUGAUUAGCCUUAGGUUUUUGGUGGUUACAAAUAAUCAAGAAUGCUUGUUGGAGAAGGCAAUAGGUUGCUUGAAUUCUCUAAGAGUUUUGCUUAUUGCUAGAUUUGAGAAUCUCAAAUGUCUGUUUGAAGGGGACAGGCACCUCAACCUCAUCAAUCUUCGAACAUUGACUAUUGCAAACUGUCCAAGUUUGACCUCUUUGUCCUUCAAUGUCAAAGACCUAACUGCCCUAGAGAUCCUAAUCAUUGUGAAUUGUGAAAAGCUUAAUUUGAUGGAGGGAGAAGGAAGUCCAAAUCUCAUGUUGAGCCUUAAGAAAUUAAUGAUUAGAGGCUUACCUAAGUUGGAGGUUUUGCCCCAGUGGCUCAGACGAUCUGAAAACACUUUACAGAUGCUAGUGAUUGGAGAUUGUGAAAAUUUCACCACUUUGCCGGAGUGGCUGCCAUGUCUGAAAUCACUUCAGCAACUUGGGAUUGACAAUUGCUGUAAGUUGUUAUCUCUCCCUGAGGGGAUGCAAGGUCUCACUGCACUAAGACAAUUGAAUAUCACAGUGUGUCCUGAUUUGAUUAGAAACUGCAAAGAAGAUCGGUCAAAGAUUGCUCAUGUACCAGAGGUUUGUCUUGGUGGUGAUCGUUUGGAAAACCAGAUUAAGAUAAGAUAUUCCUAUGAUUGGCACAACAAGUUUUGGAAGUAUUGCUGGCGAGAAGAAGAACUACGACGACGACUAGAAGAAAAACGCCGACGACUAGAAGAAAAAAUAAGAGUAGCUUUAAUGGUACAACGAGCAGCACUAGAUUAUAUUAAACAAGAGCAGCAGUUGGGCUGUAGUGUUCAAGACAAUGCUACUGACGAAGCAAUUCACACAAUAACAGAUGAGGGCUUAACACCACCAAUGUAGCUCUAUUUUUGUGGUGUUGGUAGUUAAAAGUUCAACAAAGCACUAUGGCAGUACUAAUGCUGAUGCUCUUAAUAGCUUGGGGAAUAAUUAUCACAUUGUUCAACUUACUAUAACUGGAAAAUGAUAAUGGAAGACUUGGGAGGUUUUGGUUUUAAAUCUUAAACUUUUAAGUGAGCUAACUAUCGUAUGGUUUUUGAAGACUUCUUUUUUUUUUUUUUUUAAGUGAAUUUAUUGCUUGUUUGAUAAAGGCCUAAAUGAGUAGGGAACAUAUACACACACUUAGAUGUUGUUCCUUAGGUUCUUCUUUUAAAAUUUUGUCCUGUGAAUUUUUUUUCAUGGAAUAGAAGUUCAUUUUUUGAUUAAGUAGUCAUAUGACUGAAUCUUAAGACGAGGAAUCUAAGAAGUAACAUCUAAGGUAUUGUACCUGAGUUUUGUCAUGUGUAUAUAUAUAUAUAUAUAUAUAUAUUCCAUGGAUUAAGUUGAGUCUGGUUGGAAUUUAAAAAAUUAAGAGUAAUGCUACAGGCACAACCUCUUAUUGGUUUUCAUCUAGACCUAUCAUUAAUAUCACUUUUUCAUUUACCAAUAAUCACUCACCACAUUAGCAAUUUGUAAUUUUUUUUGUAAUAUAAUUUAUAUCUCUAGCAUUAUUCAAAAAUGAAAUAAAAUAAAAUAAAUAGAUAACUACUAAUCACAUUCCUCCCUUAAGGUUUGGAAGAAUGACACUUCAUCCCAAACCUGAAAGAAAAAAAAAACUUCAUUUCCUUUAGUUUUGUAAAAAUAAUAAUAAGUUGUUUCAAUAUUAUUAUUUUUUUCUAAGAAACUGUUGUUCCAAGGGGUUGAUGAUAUCUAACCUAUAUUGCAACUCAGUUACAAUCAAUUACAAUCAAUUUUUGCAGCAAGUAGUUAUCCAUCUGCUAAGGUGUCUAGCGUUCUUGCAAAUGGGCAAUGGCAAUGGAGAUCUCCUAGAUCCCUGGACCAAAAGCAUCUGCAUCAAGUUUGUCAGUUAGUACAGCUUUAUGGGGAAGAAACGCUGGUUUGGACUCCUCCUACCAAUGGCUUGCAAAACUGCCUGGGAGGGUAUUAGAUAUAGGAGUGCUGAGGUUGAUUGGGACAAGCUGGUUUGGGAUGCAGCUAUUAUUCCUUGGGGUUAAAGCUGAAUAUAACCCAUUGGAUUAAUUCAGAGCUUUUGAGCAGUUUGUAUUGCUGGUUUGGUGCUUUGGUGGUUGCUUAGAUGAUUUGGGUUGUUUCUAGUUGAUAAAGCUGAUUUACAUUGUCUU